AUGGAAGCUGCAGUAGAAGAGAUUAUUCGCGAUCUUAUCGACAAGAAGAUCAUUGAGCGUGUUGAAGGCCCCCAGUCAUGGGUUUCACCAAUAGUUCCUGUUAGAAAGAGUGAUGGCAAAAUACGAGUUUGUAUUGAUAUGCGUGUAGCAAAUCAAGCGGUUAUUCGAGAACAUUAUCCUAUGCCAAACAUAGAUUCCGCGAUGGCAUCGAUCCCCAAAGUUGCCAAACUAUCCAAAGUUGAUCUAGAGUCUGCGUAUUACCAUCUUGAAUUGGAACCUGAUAGUAGAAAAAUAACUACAUUCGCAUGUCGGAGUGGUGUAUAUCGGUUUCGACGAUUGAUGUUCGGUAUCAAAUCGGCACCAGAACUAUUCCAGCGAGAAAUGGAGAAUUUGUUUCGUGGAAUCGAUGGUCUUAUUGUUUUUCUCGAUGAUGCUCUUAUUCAGGGCAGUACAGAGAAAGAACAUGACGAAAGGCUGGAUGAGUUUAUGAAACGAGCAGAAGCAAAUAAUUUGAAGAUUAACAAGGCAAAGUCAGUUUUUGGUGUUAAAGAGGCAAUUUUCUUGGGACAUGUAGUUUCGGUACAUGGAAUUAGACCAACACAUGACAAGAUACAGGCAAUUUUGGAUUUACAGCCUCCAAGCUGUAUGACAGAGCUUAAAUCUUUGAUAGGAACGAUAAACUUUGUCGGUAAAUUUAUUCCUAACUUAGCAUCAAUGACAGCCUGCAUGGGAGAGCUUCUCAUUAAGGAUACACCGUUCGUUUGGCGGGAUAAACACGACCAAGAGCUUAUAGAGAUAAAGGCUACACUAGGGAAGGUCGAGUCACUUGGGGUUUUCAACCCUGUUGACGAGACAUUACUUAUUACGGAUGCUAGUCCUGUUGGGGUUGGAGCCAUCAUGGUACAGGUCAAAGACGAUAUGAACCUGGAGACCAAAAACCUGGCUGAUUCGUUUUCAAGGUUAAGUGUAAAGGACUUGGAUUCUGCUGAAAAGACAGAUGUAGAAGGAGAUAUCGUACAAUGGAUAGUCCAAGAAUCGAAACCUGUUGCUAUGCGUGAAGACGAAGAGCUUUGCAAGGUAAGAGAGGCCAUCGAGACACGAGAUUGGGAUGGCAUUUCCUUGCAGUACGCAGUCUCAACAAUCAAAAAUGACUUGGCGGUGUAUGGAGAACUGGUUCUCAGGGGUGAUAGGAUAGUUAUUCCUUCAUCAAUGAGAGAAAAGGUUGUACAACUAGCUCACUCUGGACACCAGGGUAGCACAGGGGUCAAAGCUCUUCUGAGAUCCAAAGUUUGGUUUCCAGGGAUGGAUAAACUAGUAGAACAAGUGGUAAAAAGAUGUAAACCCUGUCAGAUGACGUCUAUUCCCGACAGUCCAAACCCGAUCAUUCGUCGGUUUCCUACACAGCCGUGGCAAGAUCUCGUAAUGGAUUUCAAGGAAGGUUUACCGUUGGGGAAAUCUUUACUCGUGGUAGUGUGUUACACAAGCAGGUUCAUUCAAGUUGAAGCCAUGAAACCAGCUACUACCCAAAAAGUGUUCAGUGCGCUUUUGAGAAUGUUCGCGUUAUUUGGCGUACCACGUUCGAUCACAGCGGAUAACGGUCCUCAGUUCAGGUCAUCGGAACUUAAACAGUUUUGCACCAGUUAUGGCAUACAUUUGAAUCUUUCCACCCCGUAUUGGCCAGAACAAAAUGGAGCGGUGGAAAGACAAAUGAGGAACAUCGGACGAAGAAUCAAAAUCAGUACAAUUCAAGGAACAGAUUGGGAACAUGAUUUAAUGAGUUACCUACUCAUGUAUCAUGCCACACCCCAAGAAACAACAGGAGUUGCUCCAAGUAAGAUGAUGCUUGGUCGGGAGCUACUAACUACAAUGCCCUCAAUCAACAAGUGUAACAACCUCGAAUUGGAACCAAUGCGCGACAGGGAUAUGAUGCUGAAGGAAAAAAACAAGGCCAGAUCAGACGAACGGCGUCACGCGACAUCUCAUCAAUUGAAAGAAGGUGAUACGGUUAUUAUGCGCAAUCAGCAGACAGGAUCUUUGCAACCGACGUUUACAGCAGAAGAGUUUAAUGUUGCCGAGGUCAAUGGAAGUAAGAUAACUGUCAGGUCCAAGGAAUCGGGAAAAACCUAUUUUAGGAACAGUGCUCAUCUAAAAAAGCUACCAACCAGUGAAGAAGAUGUAACGGAGGAAGACAAUGGAAAACAGGAAAACUCAGAUAAUGAUAUGGUGACUGAUAGAGAUGAGUGA